ACCAGUCUAGAUACACUUAAUACUCUUCCCACGAUUCAUGUCCAUGAUGCUCACUCGUUGACCAAGUCCCAAGUAGGCAGGUGAUAAAAAAUGAUGGUGGUGGUGGUGGCUGGCUUUGGGUCAUCCUUCCUUUUCUUCCUCUUCUUCGUCUUCUCUCUCCUUCUCCUUCUCAUCCCGUCGGCGCUGUGUGGCUGCACGCACUGGCUGGCUGGCAGGUGGCUGGCAGGUGGCUGGCUUUUUUGCUCACGGACCUAUCAAUCACUCAUCAGUAGGUCAGUCAAAUCAUCUUGAUUUCUUAGACUUGACUUGACUUGACUUGACAGUCAUUCACGCGGCUUUUACUCGCGCCAAGGUUCCAACCUCCGACCGUUGUGACUGAGGGACGAGUCCAGUUCCACGAGGGAGUAGCUGUCUAGAUAUCGUCUAUCUAUUUACUAUCUAUCUAUCUAGACUCUUCUACCGUCUGUCAGCCGUCUACUCUCAAAUAAGGUUGACAGGAUCUUUCCAAGAAAAGGUUCAAUCCUCAAACAUGGCCUGGUCUGUUAGUAACUUAGUUCGUUCUUGACGGCCGCUAAAUUACAGACCAGACAAGGAACAUCGCAUCAUUCCUUGCUAGUUCGCCUGUCACUUCCCCUCCUCCUUCUCUCCCCGACCCCAGAC